AUGGGUAAGGAUUAUAGAUACGGCGGCUACCAGUAUGGUUACUCUCAGGCUCCAACCGCUCCUAGUAUGGAAAUUACAAUUAAUCAGAACAGUGCGGAGCCGUCAAAAACCAAUUACCAAGCUCCCACCACAGCUGCACAAUUUCGGCCCCCAUUGGCGGCACCUAAUCAUCCACCACCGCCUCCACCUUCAUAUGCGGGCUACGAACAUCCAGCUUAUAAUCCACUUUGGUUCGACCGAUUUCCAAGACGGGAAAACAGAGGGAUGUUCCGUCUAUGUCUUGUGGAACUGAUGUUGGCUGUUGUCAUACUGGGUGGAGGUAUCUGGUGCUACCAUGAUACUGCUGACUACUGCCCGUAUUAUUCCGCAAUAUGGACGUCUGUUAUCUACAUAGUAAACGCCUUGGUAGGAAGUGCUGCUGCCAAGAUCGGCUCGAUCAAUCUCUACACGGCUCAUCUAGUACUGUCGCUGGUAGCAGUCAUGAUGUGUUUUGUCAGCGGAGCGCUAAGUGCUCGGAACUGGACCCUCGUCGGCACAUACCAUCACCCGCGCAUUGAAAGAGAUGAAGCGUUCUGCCUUCUCGGAGAGCACGACACAACCAGGUGUCCGUGA